ACCGUUUUUACACCAUGUCUUUUACUCGGGUUCGAUCAACCGAUAAGUGAAGUUGUUCUGGUAUAACUACCAUAUUUCUUUUAUAAAGAUUUUUCAUUAAUUAUGUACAUUUAGACAAUCAAUUUUAUUUAUUCAUUGAUUGAUAAAUUUUAUUGACUAUAAUAUUGGAUAUUAUUUUAUAUUAUUUCAUAAUAUACAAUGGCAUCAACAAACUAUUUAACCGUGAAAACGCAUUUAUCAGAAUUUAAAGGCAAUUCAGACAAAGAUACGUUAAGUGAGGCGUCUGAAAGUGGGACAAGUAAUUCGGUGACGUCAGCAGAAGAUUUGCAGAAAUUAGCCGUGAUCCUUGGGCUGAACAGCGCGGAAGAUGUAUAUCAAGAAAGGUUUCGUGUUGACAGGCGCCGUUUGGAAGCAAUGCUUGCCGAAAACCUCGAAGAAUCGCAAACAGCCCAAGCCUUUUUUCAUCGGGUAAUGAACGAGACGAAUACAUUAAUAAACUGGCCUGCCCGUCUUAAAAUAGGUGCUCGUUCUAAAAAAGAUCCCCAUGUGAGAGUCGCUGGACGACCUGAAGAUGUGAAACUGGCUCGGGAGAAGGUAAAGCAGUUACUGGACACAAGGAGUAACCGCGUCACAAUGAAGAUCGACGUCAGUUAUACAGACCAUUCGCACAUCAUUGGAAAGGGUGGGCUGACAAUAAAACAAGUGAUGGAGGAUACCAGAUGCCACAUACACUUCCCGGACUCGAACCGCACCAGCACGGUGGAGAAGAGCAACCAGGUGUCCAUCGCCGGCGACAUGGAGUGCGUGGAGCGAGCCAGGGCGAGGGUCCGCGCCCUAACCCCGCUGGUGUUCAGUUUCGAGCUGCCCAUAGUGUCGCCUUCUCAGCCCUUGCCGGACAUAAAUUCGCCAUACGUGCGGCAAAUACAGGAACAGUAUAAUGUACAGGUGAUGCUGCGCAACCGUCCGAAGCUGCACGCGAACCUGCUCGUGGUGAAGGGAGUGCAGUGGGAGGUGAAGGCCACCAUGGAGGCCACCGGGCUGCUCAUGAACUACAUGUGCGGGCCGCUCGCUAGCCAAACUCAAGUGCAAAUGUCGCUGGAGAUAUCGCCCAUGCACCACAGCGUCGUGGUAGGUCGCGGCGCGGAACAGCUGAAGGUGAUCAUGAAGGGCACCGGGACUCAGAUAAUGUUCCCGGACGCGGACGACCCCAACAUCCCGGUGAUCAAGAAGAGCUGCGUCACCAUCACGGGACAGAUCAAGGAUGUGUACGCCGCGAGGCAGCAGUUGGUGGGCAGCCUCCCCCUGGUGGUGAUAUUCGACGUGUCUGAAGAGGCGUGCCGCGUGGAGACCGAGGCGGCCACCAAGCUCAUGCAGAAGCACAACGUGUACAUCAACGUGAGACGCAAACCGAAGCAAGGCAUCGCCUCCGUCGUCAUCAAGGGCAUCGAGAGAUGCGCUGGAGACAUCUACGAAGCGCGUCGCGAGCUCCUCGGCGGGAAGGAGCCCGUCAUCACCGCAGAGAUCCCGGAGUCGUACAACAUCCCGUCCCUGGGCAGCUCCAUGCCGGCGUUCGGCGCGUUCAACCCGUUCUCCCCGUCGCUGGAGUACGCGCUGUCGCCCGCGCCGCUGUCGCCGGUGUACGGCGCGUGCGCAUGGCUCGUGAGCCCGCAGCCGAGGCCCGCGCAGUUCCACUACCCUACGCUGUCUGUGCCGAACUCCGUGGUGUAUAAGAACCAGUCGUGGAAUCCGAUGUCAAACGGCGCGGACAUGGGAGUGAUGCCGCAGCCGAUGAUGAUGCAGACCUACCAGCAAGUGGCGGACGGCAGGCCGGCGACCCUGAGCCAGUUGCUGAACUCGAGCUCGCAGGCGAGCAGUGGAUACCAGAGCAACUUCACCGGCAGCUGCGUGUCGCUCGACACACAGAACAUAUCCGUAGGUGGUGACGGCAGCAACGUGGGUUCGCCAUCAGUGUCGCCCAUCAGCAAGACGCACAGCCCCGUACACGCGCCCGCCGCCGACACUGAACGAUCUCAAGAUUUAGCGAGUAUAAUAUCGGACCUGCCGCUGUCGGAGCGGCGCGCGGUCGGCUGCGAGAAGAAGACGCUCGAGACACUCAACAAACUGUCGCCGCUCUCCGAGUACAGGAAGCUCAAGGCGGAGGCUGGCAAGGCGAUGCGCGAGAGCGUGGGUGGCGGGUACCGCGUGCCGACGCCGCGCUGGGCGGGACACUACUUCAGCCACACCUCACCAGCGCCGCUAAACCUAGCCGAUACCACCGAUGGGGUGACUACCACGCCGGAGAAAGUGUGGAACCGUUCGGAGCUGGUGCGGCCGAACAUCGCGGAGUCACUGUGCUCGCCGCCGAGCGCGUGCGCCGCGUCCCCCGGCGCGGCGUCGCCCGCCAGCGCCGCCGCCUCCAGCGUGUCCCCUGCCGCCGCCGCGCGCCCCUGCCGCUACCGACAACUCUACGAGCUGCUCAGAGAUAUAGGACUGCACAAGUAUAUCGACCUAUUCAAGAAGCACGAAGUGGACAUGUGCACGUUCGCGUCUCUGAACGAGGCGGACCUCACGGAGCUCGGCGUCACCGCCUUCGGCGCUCGCAGGAAGAUGCUGCUCAUCAUCGCAGAGCUACAAAAACAAGCGAGCGCCUACAAGAGCAUCGCCCCGCCGAGCUCCGAGAGGAAGCUCGUCAACUCUCCUCCGCAGUACAAUACAGCUGCGCUUACGCAGGACAAGUGGUAAAAACGAUAUACGAAAAUGCAGGGUAGAUUUAUUGUUAAAACUAUGUGAAGGAUCUCUUAUUUUGUAUCAUUAGUAUUAAUAGUUUGUUAUUGUUGAUUAACUAUAUCGGAACUGGUGCCAACUCGAUCUCACUAGAUUUUAGGAAGAGUUAAAUGAAAAAAAAAAGGAUUUUAGUUUUAGGGUGCCAGUUUAAAAAAAAAAGAGUUUUGGUAGAAUUUUUAACAAUUGUUCAAAGCUGUAGUUUAUAAUAAUUUAGUAAUUCAAUCUACCUUGCAACUAAGACUGAUCGAUACCAUAUCAAGCUCAUGAGACUGAUUAGUACGUCGAUAAAGUACAAACUAAAUAUAGUAUGAGUUGUUAUAAUGGUUAUUUACAAAAAGCCAUGAAAUUAUACAGAACUUCGACAUUAACCCCUUUACCCGAAGGUAAUUUGAACAUGAAAUCAUUAAUUUGAUUUACCUCUCGUGAAGAGAUGUGAUAAUGGUUUGAAUAAACCAGAUUUUUUGUAAAGGGGAUGAUCGACUGAGUUUAACAUCUUGGGCAUAGACAACGAUGUAUUUCGUGAAAUGACAUACAUUUCAGAAUGAGCUUGCUACAAUGUCUAUUGCGUUGAUUUUUAUCAAAUUUAAUUUAAUGUAGUUUUUAAGUUUUUUUUUUUAUAAAUUGUUUUAUGAUAGCUAAAAGCGUAACGACGAAUUGAUCUCUGUCAUAGACAAUUGUUGAAGUAAACUGGCCCAGUGCAGUGUGAUUAGCAUAAGUGUUUUGUUUUGAAAGAAUUUAAAUCGUAGUUUUAUAAGGGAGAGCAUGUUUUAUUUUUUUGAUUUUAACAAGCAUUUUUAUUGCCGUGUAUACAGACAAAUUAUGAUUAUCAUGGAUAUUAGUUUUUUUAAUAUUUGAUUAUCUUAUAUAUAUCGAAAAUGUAAUCGUAGUAAUUAUAUGUUCCUUUCAAUGUCAUAUUCUUAAGAAUAUGAUUUCCAAGGAUACUAUUGCGAACCGUGAAUGACGAUUGAGAAAAUGUACUUUAUUUUUAAAUUCUAAACUCGUUUUUACAUCUGUCACAUAAAUUCAUUACUAGACAAUAUUAUAUUCAUAAUGAGUGUUUUUUUUUUCAAUUCAUCACAAUAUACACAUUUUCCAAAACUAUCAAUAUAUCAAAGAAUACGGACAGUUGUAAUAUUGACUUGAUUUUUAAAUUCGACAUUUCAUCACACCAUCAACACCAUGUUCAGCGUAUACGAAUGACUAAAAUACAUUAAGCUGGCAAUAUUUUAAUCAUAUAACAUAUUUUUUUAUGUAUCACUUAAUAGUUAUGUUUGUGAUUGUAAAUUUAAGAAUAGUGCAUUUUUGAUUUUUAACCGUAUUAACAUGCUAAUUUUGUGUGAAUGCCUAUAUGUGUUUAGUUUUAGUUAUUUUCUACGCUCUAGUAAUGUUUUGGUACAUAUUUUUUGAGGGACACGAUUACAAUGUGGCGACAUCUCGGUGAUACUUAUGAUAUUUUUCACACUUUUGCUCCUAUUUCUAUUCUAAUCGAUUUCAGGCGUGGCUUUAUCCACCUAUUUUUAAACCUAUGAUUUUUUUAUACAAGUUUAGCAAUAAUUCGUGUGUUGCCAGAGAGAAAACAUCAAACAUCUACCAAGAAGUUGUGUAUCAAUUCAUUGACUAGCGGCACUUUUUAAAAUAUUAAAUACAAUUAUAUCGUUUUAAUCAUGAACUUGUGAUUUGGAAAUCUUUUUAAAACGUGAUUAUGAUUUUUAAGACUUUCCGUUUUAGAUUAUGAAAUGUAUUGUUAAGGAAUUAAUUAAAUGUUAAGCACUUUAUGUUAAUGAGUUAAGUUAGUACAUGCAUUACCUAUCCGUUUUCGUUUUUAAUUAUAUUCAAAAGUAAGGAAGUUUUUGCACGAAUGUUUUUUUGCUUGUCAGAUUAAAGUUUCAAUAUUU